UCCUGGAAAUGUUCUUCAGGUGAUAGAAGGCCGAUUUUGUAGCUGUCUUUAUGACUCUGAAGGUUAAGGCUAGAGUCCAUCACUACACCCAGGCUUUAAAUAACACAUGGGAGACUUUAUUUAUUACUCACUGGGUGACUUUUUGAGGCACACAGUUUAAUUUGGGGGUAUCAGGGAAAAAAAAGUAUGCAACAGUUUCCCUGAUUUAUUGUAGAGACGUUUAGCGUGCUGCUCCUUCUCGGAACUCUUCCUGAAGUGUGUUCCAAGUAUCCAGAGACUGCCAUCCGUUUGGGGCCUUGAGUCUGUCAGGAGUCUAAACGAGCAGCUGAGAAAACAGUCAACAACAGAUCCAGAGUGUUUAAAAUUGAUGCAGCAACGACCACCGUUCAGUCUGGAGGUUUCGGCUCAGCCCUGCACAACACACACAAACACGCGGGGGCGCGCGCUUGAUCCUUGGAAUGUGCACAGGGUCCAUCCCGUACCGCUCGUGCGUGCGGAAGCCAACGCGCUCUACAUUUAUCCAGAUUGAGAGUAUAAACAGUGAAGGACAGAUGUCUGCUGGCAGAUUCUUGAACGAAACGCUCCCUGACUGGUCCGUGUGACAGCUGCCCCCCGCCCCCGCUCCCAGCAGCAGGAACAAAAAGACAUCCGAGACAUGUGGAUGGGGAGGAAAAUUGAGAGCACUUUGUGAGGCCGCCACCGCGCUCGGGUUUCAUAAGGUCUCUGUCUGUCAGGCGAGGCGCGCUGUUUUUACGCAUCGCAUCCAUUCCUCUCCGUAGCCGCGCCGAGCUCUGCUGGGAGAAGACAGAGCGGCGGAGCUGUCUGUAGAUUCACACCAGUUCAGAACUUUUUUUGUGUGCUUAAUUUAUUCAUGUGUUUAAUUAUAGAUGCGUGUCUUUCUACGCGCGUUCUUGGAGAUGAGGGGAAAGAGCUGCGUAAAAGACGCGAUAUGGGCAGAUCUAGGAGAAUAUCUUUUGCAACCCUUUCAACUUUCCAGCUCAGAUCGCCACCUGAUGCGUGAACAGGAGAAACGGCGGACUUCAGAGUGAUCCUGGCACGGCGGCACUCCGUACUCGGACACCCAGAAACCGAUCCGAACUGUUCUCCAGACAGACGCGCGGGGCCGUGUUGUUAUUUACUCAUUAAGCUCUGUUAGAGGCAAGACCGAACAGGUUGCUGGAGGUAAAGAAAGAGGGAGCCUCGCCUGAAAAACUGGCUUCAGUUCAUCAAGCGAUGGUGAGACGUGAGUCACCGGAGCGGCACAAGUAGAUUGGGGGGUGCUGAAACUCAACAGGCCAAAGAGGGGAAAACCGCAUUCUGGCCGCGCGCACCAAGGCGCGAGGAGGAGGCGCCUCUUCGGCUUUCUCGAUGGAUUCUUCCAGCCCGCUUCUGCCUCAGAUGAGAAACGCUCUGCCGUGGACAGUAGCGAGCCGUGACGCCACGCUGUGAAAACAUGACGCACCGCAGCGCGCGGAGAGCCGCAGCAGGCGCGAGCGGCUCUGUUCCUGCGCACCGGGAGCGGAUUUUCCACGGGACAGCCGGUGGGACCAGAUGGAGGGUUUGGAGGAAGGAUAGACACAUUUCUUCUGUCAUGUCAGCAAAGGCCAAGGUCCUGCUGUGGGUGCUCAUCUCCUUGCUGCCUCUGGUGGAAGGAGCUCACAUGAGAGCUGCUGCUGCUGGUGGUGGACUGGGAUCAGACCUGAACCAUGCUGCAGGCCUUCUGGAGGCUCAGGAGGGGAGAGACUUUCCGGUCACGCUGCCAGAGGUGGUGGAGGACAAGGAGCAGGAGGAGGACAGCAAGCCUUACCCCACAUGGCACGCUCUCUACGAACCCUUUGUAAUGGACGAGCUGGAUGACCAUCCCAGUGUCCGCUGGGCGGGGCGCUCCCCACGCUCCUCCGACCCCACAGCACCUCAGCCGAAGGGGUCGCAAAAGAAGAAGAAGAGGCGAAGGAAGAAAGGAGAGGACGAAGGAGAGGAGGCAGGGAACACGGACAGAAGGGGGAAAGGUAAAAGCCGGCCCCCAAAGCAGAGCAGCAGGGACUGCCGGGUGGAGAAGAAAGAGAUGAAGGUUAGGGACCUCGGACUGGGCUUCGAUUCGGACGAGAUCGUCCUCUUUAAGUUUUGCGUGGGCUCCUGCCAGAGCGCCAGGAUAAACUACGAUCUGGCGCUGAACGCGCUGCUGGAAAACGGCUCCCUUCCGCGCCGCGUCGCCCGGAAGGUGAGCAGGAACCCCUGCUGCCGGCCAGACCGCUACGAGCCGGUUUCCUUCAUGGACACCUCCACCACCUGGAGGACCAUAGAGUCGCUCUCAGCUGCCAGCUGCAUGUGCAUCGGCUGAACGGACGCUCGGCGCUGUGUGCAAAAAAAAAAAAAAAAGCCCAGCGGGAGGCACUGUCACACAUGGGAAGUUACAGAGCCGUGUGUUGGGCGCAGCUGGAAGAAAAAGGGCUUAAAUCAGAGACUAAUGUGGAGCAGCAGCAGGGAAUGAACAGACUGUUUUCACAUCCAUGUCGGACACGGGAUUCAGGAACCUGCGGGUCCCAGAACUCCUCCGAAAAAAAAACCAAGCAAAAACAAAACUCCUAUCUAAACCUGUUUUGACUUUUUGUUGGAAGAGACCUGAGAUAAAAGAACAAAAAAGCCUAGUUAAAGGACUGACACUGUGUUUAUACUGUAACUUUAACUAAACGCUUACUGCAAACAGUGAAACCAGCACUUCCCAAAAAACCCCAACAGUCUUUUUCUUCCCCCAACCCCCCACGUCCACCCCUCACCCCACCCCACACACACAAACAGAGACCUCACAUUGUAUCUUUUUCUAUACGUUCAGGUGAACUCAACCUAAUGGAUGCCAUGCAUCUUCAUGUAUUACUGUGUAAGAGUAAAAUAUAUUUAUUACAGAUAAAUUAUUUAUUUAUUAUGGCUUCAUAUGAGAGCUGUUUUAUAUGGACUCUAUAAUGUAGAUACAAAUAUAUCUAUUUAUUGCCAAGAUUCACAUUUCACCCUCGCAGCUGCUUUUUGUUGACUCCGUCUCAGUGAUUCAUUUCCACAUUUUUCCAAACGCAGGAACACAAACCAGACAGUUACCGUAACUAUAGUUACUGUCUCUCUCACACCGUUCAACCCAACCAGCAGAACGUAAAUAAUCCUCCAUACUGUCGUAAUGAUCCUGAUUUAUUUUGUUUUACCUCAACGUCGCCUCUCAGUCUUGAUUCUAACUUGUAGACAUGGGCCAGUAAAAAACUCUCAUAACAUGAAGUAACAACAGCACAGCUCCACGGUAUUAACACAAACUUUUAAACAGGACAUGAUCUGUUCCCCUUUAACUGAAGAGCUACAGGUAUUUCUACGGCUGCUAAAAUGAGCCGUAGAUAUACGGCUCAAAUACGGCCAAAUAUUUAUUAUUGUUAAAAAUCCAGAAUGAACAACUGGUAAUGUUAGGGCCAGAAUAUUGGACAUUUUUCUGGUCUCCUCCUUAAAGCAAAUUCAAGAAGCUGGUUUUAGUUGGUUAGUUAACCAGGCUUCCUGCAGGUGGAGUCUCCAGCGGCUGUUUAACACGCAUGCCUCUUGUAGCUUGUCAGCCGUACUUUAAAACAGCAUUACUUUGAAAGGAGUGCUGGGUGGUUCUUCUUCUUCUAGUUUCUACACCAUGACUGCAGCUGGGUUUGUCUUCUGUGCGAGCCAGGAAGCUUUGUGAGGGUAGAAGCCUUCUUUCAGCCAGCUGACCAGCAGUCGCUGCUGGAUCUGAAAAGCUGUGUUUAUUGUCGUUGGCUGUUGUCAUCAUUUUUGCUUUCUAAAACAAACUUAGUAUUUGUUUGUUUUCACAAAUCUGGGCUUGUUGCAGCGAAGAGGUGUGGGUAUGAGAUGAUCACGUCCUUCAAACUAUUGAGUUUGUUUGUCUUUUUAAAGGAGACGUUGCACAAGUCCUGAAUACCUGAAUGUUUCACUUCUACACAUAGACGCCUUGACAACUGAAAACACCUCACACUGAUAGGAGCUCAAACAUUUCUGGAUGGGAUAUCAUUUGGCAUCUAUUCUUUCAGGCCAUUAAAAGCCGAGAUGGUGACCAGGCCACUGUAGUAGCCUGUAUAUAGUAUAUAUAUAGAGAGAUGUGCCACCCCUACGAAAUUUUCUGGGGCCGCCAGAAAAUUUGAAAUUGCGUAACAAAACCUCCAACUGUCUUUCAUGCAUUGUAGUGGUUCCAUAAUUCAUAUGACACUUGCUGUUACCUAUUAUUAUUAUUAUUAUUAUUAUUAUUAUUAUUAUUAUUAUUAUUAUUAUUAUGAAAUGUUCUAUUUUUUCUAUGGCAUUAUCCUCCUAGGGAAUAAAGUUUUCAAAAUCUAAAUAGUUUCAUCAUUGUACUGCUCAAACAUCUGUGGUCAGUUUCCUCGACUGAAUCAUUUUUGGAAACCUGCCGCCUUGUGGAUUGAGGUUGCAGCACCACCUGGUGGCCGAAGCUGAAAAGCACCGAUUUAACCUGGGAGGUUUGCGUCGUAGCUCGCACCUCUGCACACAAAUAAACCCAAACGACAACAAUCAGCCUUAAAGUUUUAUUCAUUUAUUUAUUUUUCCUCACGACCAACAGAUCCAACAUAAAUCUCUGAAAGUGUCUGAUAAGUAAGACAUUUUUCUGUGUGUGCGUGCAUAAAUCUUAAAAAUGAAAAUAUGCAAUAUGAAUACCUAGCAAAUGCACAAUGUUUACAUUAAAUACUCCACACAUAACAAAUAAAGCAGUGCUGGAAAUGAGAGCAUACAGAUCAACAGCAACACAUGAUGGAUGAACAUCACAGUGGAUGGCACUAACAUUUCCACUUCGAGCAUUAAUCUCUGAGGAUCAUACACAACUUGUACCCAUGGGGUAGAAUAAUAUAAUAUUUCUGCGCCAGUGCUUAGAAGAAAAAAAAAACAAAAACAUUCCUAAUCACAGAUCCAUUCUGCAGCAGAUUUUUUUCCUGGGAAGAUUUCCGUCCCUGGCCAAAGUGGAAAUCGUGUUCUGCUCUGCUCUUCACUCCACAGCUUUCAAAUUCGCCAGUUCCACUAUGCACAGCUUCAGACCUUACAUUCUACUACCUCAUUUUGUCUUGUGCUUUAAUUUUGGGAGCUAUGAAGAUAUCUGGCAGAUGCUGGUAGAACUUUUUCCCAAAUCCAGUUUUAGGCUGAAGAGCAGCAUGUGAGUCAGCACCACCAGAAAACACUGCUGGUUCGACUCAUGGUUAGUGGCUAAAUGCAGGAUUUCCCAUCAUCCUGACCAGGCCUUGCUCAUUGCAUGAGGUGGUACAGUGUUUUUAAGAUGUUCAACAAAAUGUCCCACAUUUUGGUCGGACACUUUGCUGUGAUUGGGCUGAAAACACAGAAAACUUAACACUGCUAGAAGAAGAAAUACAACCAGAACCAUAAAAAUUAAACAUUGGGUUAUAAAAAUAAAGUACAACAAGAAACUAACAAUUAUUGGGGAAGUGAUUCCAAAUGAACUAUAUUUAACUUUUGUAAAUGUCUAAUUUAAAACAUUACUCUGUGUGGUAUUUUAUGUUUUUUUUUUUUUAAUUAUUAAAAUUUUGUUUGGUUUUGCUCCACAGUUAGAUAUCAGAGGUCUGCAACCAGGGCCACAUUCAGUGGCUUCCCAUGUCUCUACACAAACAUACAAAUCUCACUGUGUUUCGGUUUCAAAUAAAAGUUACAAAUUGGAAUUUUACUUUCCAGUAUAAUGCAGUGUGUGAAACAGCUAAUACUUCAUUAGCUUGUUAGAUCAUGAAACCUGCUGGCAGAAACCUGUUUUUUUAACAUUGCUGAGGCAAUCUGCUGAGAGGAAACCUUUGAAAAAUGUCUUUUUUUUCCACAUGUAAUGAGAUUUUUCUACAUUCUAAAGCAUGAAACAUGUUGAAGUAAGACUUACAAUAACCAGGAAAAAGAAAUAAAGAUAUGGUCUACUAAAAUUCUUCUUAAAGGGACAGUGUUAUGUGUUUUCCAGGCACAUAGUGUAAUUUUAUAGCACAAGCAACUAUGUUAACUGCCAUUGUCAUGAAAAUGAUUUAUGUAUCAAAAAUAACAUAAAAGUAAUAUGACUUUGCAGUUUGAUGCCUUGAAAUUAGUCUCUGUCUCUUUAAGAAGCUCCUAUGCUUUCUGACACAAGUCCAAUCAGGAGCUGUGUGGAAAACACAUCACUUGGUAAGAGCAAGUGUUUAUGCACCUGACUGGUUGCCCAGGGAGAUUCAAGGAUUCCUCAAACAUGCAUGAAAUAAUCAAGUCAACACUCCAGGUAUGUUUUUGAAGACCAAAUAACAGAACAUAAUAUAAAGCUUAAAAGAGUUGAUUUUCCUUAAUACCCAGGUUAAUCCCAAACAUGUCUUUAAAUCUGCCUUACUCCCUGGUUGUUAUGGGGACUACAGCUGCACAAUAUUGAAAAAACUGACAUUGUGAUUUUUUUUUACCUCAAUAUGAAAAAAUACACAAUUUUUAAACAGAUGACUUGAAUAACACCUUAAGCUAUGCUAUCUUCCUGCCAUCUUGUUAAAAAUGAACCUAAUCCUUUGUAUUUGAGAGUUAUUCUUAAUGAUAUGGCUGCAAAAUAUUAGAAACCUUGCAAAGGGGAUAUCCGUAAUACUGCAAUGAAGACAUUAGGAAAUGAAAUUACAUCAAACUUAAAUAAUGCUAUCUAGGUGACUAAAUAUGACAUUAGCAUGAAAAAUACAAGUUCAUAACACUUUGAAUAUUUUAGCCAACAAUGAUUGCACUCCUUUGUAAUAUGAAUAUUGCACAUACUGCGAUUAUGGCAUAUCGACUACGAUAUAAUGUGCAGCCCUUAGUGGUGACGCACAUUCCCCUUCCUGCAAAAAUGUCCACCUUAACUUUCUUUGACAUCCCAUUGUUUGGUCACUUACAAGCCUCAUCUUACUUUAUCUUACUCCAAUAUGCUGAUGGAGUUGGUUUCCAUUAAUCCAACUGACAGCUUCAGCUUGGUCUCAGACUUCCCAAAACAUUUCUUCCCCUAAUUAUCCACCAGGGAAUUUUCCUCUCACUCUGCUUUCUGGAGCAGCUUUGUUUUGUGUUUUGUCCUGGACCUGGACAAACAUGACUGCUACCUGCCUCUUUAGUAGAGAGCCACAGGUUUACAGGGCUAACUCUUCACUAGACUUGCACAAAAACACAAAUGGAAUCAAGUCACUGAGCUGUGAGUCAGCAGGCAACAGCAGAGAGAACAUUCACCUGGUUGAUCUGGAAGGCUUCCUCACUCCCCUGACACCACACACACAUUCACUCCUCCACAGAAGCCCACCUUCCAAAAGAACCUUUUAGAGACAGGCCAACACUGCAUCCAUAAUCACUGUACACUAUUUCAAUUCAGCCUUGACCACUGUAAACAUUGUGCUUUUCAUGUUUUCCUACAUCAGGUCGUUCUGAGACACCAAAAUGUUCCUUUUGGCUGUUUCACAAAUAAAAUAAAGAUUUCAUAAUAAUGUUCAGUGUAGAUCAAUCCAGCUGAGGUCCGACUGAUCAGUCUAAAUAUUUGAGGUUUUAUUUCCCAGAUGUUCUGACUACUUUAAAACACAUAAACACUUUAACUUGGCUCCAAAUCAGAAAAAGUUAAAUGACACUAAUUCCAGCCUCAACGUUUUUCAUUUAUUUAUUUUUUACAAUGCUUUCUGUUUGCUCACCACAAGACGGCGCCCAUGUUCACGGACUGGUUAUGCAAAUAAGCAAUAGAAAACCUGUUCAGAGCCUGAUUUUCUUACAUGCUGUUGUGCCAACCUCGUCAGAAAGCCUUCCUGUUUGUAUCUAAAACCGCUGAAAAUGCUCAGCACCCAAAUGAUUUAUGAGUAUUUUUAUUUUUUGUAUUUAUAAAAUUCAGCUGCAUUCUCUGUCACAGACUAUCUGUAAACAUUCUGACACUUUGUCCUGUUUAUGAGUGCAACUAAUGGCAUAAAAUGCAGAAAGGCCCCACGACGACAGGAGGUGAAAAAAAUAAUAAUGUGGUGUCAAAGCACAAAUCAUUCCUGGACAUUAUGGACAUAGUUGAAUAAAUAAAAGUGUUGUUUUCCUUUUGGAAGUUGCAGACUGUGUAAAAAUUGAGCUUUAACAUUUUAUAUGAUGUUUGAUUAUUUGGGGCAGAGGUGUCAAAAUGAUUUUAAUUUUGAGACACAUCAAGAUCAUGAAUGUCCUCAAAGAUCCGGUCAAAGUAGAAUGUAUUGAUGAAACUACCCAUUAUCAAACUGUUGAAAUAUUAAUAAAUAUCUCCUCUUAAAAAUAAAUAUUGAACACAUUUAGCAGGAUACUGAUCAAAACUGUUUUGAUGUGAUUAAUAAAAUGAUAUUUAAGCACCCGA